CAGCACAUACAGACAGGGAGCCGCUACGGGCUGAGCAUCCGCGAGCCGAUGGUAGGGAGAUGCGGACAGUGUUUUAUUGGGCGUGUGAACCGCGGUAGAUACGCCGGGUAGCUCCCACGAACGUAACCCCUUUCGAUGAAUGGAUUUGUAUUACGUUUUGCCAGAGAAUCAAUUCGGACAUGUUUUUCUUCUUCAUCCGCAAUGGAGCGUCGACCUAUAGCGCGUGAGAGCUUGUGACCGUAUGCAGAUGAAGAAAACGGAUCCACAUCAGAACCAGUACGGCCGGCUGUGCUCGAAGGAAGAUUCAUGAUGUCGAAGAAUAAGAGCAGCGAGUCUGUGAAGGUGGUGGUCCGCUGCCGCCCGCUGAGCCGUAAAGAGGAGGCGAACGUGUCGUCGGCGGGUAGCAUAGUGGACAUGGAUUUGCGGCUAGGCCAAGUGGUGCUACGGAACCCCCGGGCGCCGCCAAGCGAACCCCAAAAAACGUUUACGUUCGACGCGGUUUACGACGGCAACUCAAAGCAGCGAGACCUGUACGACGAGAGCGUCCGGCCCCUCAUCGACUCUGUGCUGGCAGGAUUCAAUGGCACCAUUUUUGCCUAUGGACAAACCGGCACGGGGAAAACACACACCAUGCAGGGGGCCUGGAUGGACCCAGAUCAACGGGGCGUGAUACCCAAUGCCUUUGACCACAUCUUCACCCACAUCUCACGCUCCCAGUCCGACAGGCAGUACCUGGUGCGGGCCUCCUACCUGGAGAUCUACAGGGAGGAGGUGCGGGACCUCCUGGACCCCAACCACUCCGGGGCCCGGGCCCUGGAGCUGCGGGAGAGCCCGGACACGGGGGUGUACGUGCGUGACCUGACGUCCUGCGUGUGCAAGAGCGUGAAGGAGAUCGAGGAGGUGAUGAACGUGGGCAACCAGGCGCGGGCCGUGGCCGCCACCGACAUGAACGAGCACUCGUCGCGCUCCCACACCCUGUUCCUCAUCACGGUGGAGUGCAGCCAGCCCGGCCCCGACGGGCGCAAGCACAUCCGGGUGGGCCGGCUCAACCUGGUGGACCUGGCGGGCAGCGAGCGGCAGGCCAAGACGGGCGUCCGCGGCGAGCGCCUGAAGGAGGCGGCCAAGAUCAACCUGUCGCUGUCGGCGCUGGGCAACGUGAUCUCGGCGCUGGCGGACGGCCGCAGCGGCCACGUGCCGUACCGGGACUCCAAGCUCACCCGGCUGCUGCAGGACUCCCUGGGGGGCAACGCCCGCACAGUGAUGGUGGCCACUCUGGGCCCCGCGCCCCAGCACUACGACGAGACGCUCACCACGCUGCGCUACGCCAACCGCGCCAAGAACAUCCAGAACCAGCCGCGCGUCAACGAGGACCCCAAGGACGCGCUCCUCAGAGAGUUCCAGAUGGAGAUCGCCCGCCUGCGGGCGCAGCUCCACCACAGGAAGGGGCGGAGCAAGCACAGGAAGGAGGAGGGCGAGGAUGAGGAGGAGGAGGAGGAGGGUGAUGGCGAGGAGGGGUGGGAGGGCGAGGGGGACACGGAGGGCGAGGAGGAGGUGGAGAAGGAGGGGCGGGAGUACGUGAAGCAGGAGGAGCAGAGGUUGGAGCGGGAGAAGGAGGCCAUUCGGGGUGACCGCUCCCUGUUGGCGGAGGAGAAGCAAAGGCUGCUGGGAGAGAAGGAGAGGAUGAUGGGAGAUCUGAGGAAGGAGCAAGAGGCCGCCGAACAGCUGAGCGCGAAGUACAAGGCCAUGGAGAGCAAGCUGCUGGUUGGAGGGAAGAACAUCACGGAUCACACCAAUGAACAACAGAAGAUGCUGGAGAUGAAGAGGCAGGAGAUUGCUGAGCAGUCCAGUAGGGAGAGGGAGAUCCAGCAGCAGGUGUUAGCCCAAGAUGAGGAGUUCCUGGAGCUACGUGAGACCUUCACCUCUCUGCAGCAGGAGGUGGAAGCCAAGACGAAGAAACUCAAGAAGCUCUAUGCCAAGCUGCAGUGCAUAAAGGCAGAGAUCCAGGACGUGAACGACGAGCACGUGAGGAGCAGGCAGGAGCUGGAGCAGACUCAGAAUGAGCUAACUCGAGAGCUCAAGUUCAAGUACCUGAUCAUCGAGAACUUCAUCCCCCCCGAGGAGAAGAACAAGAUCAUGAGCCGGCUGACGUUUGACACGGAGGAGGACCAGUGGAGGUUCCAGCCCCUGGUCCCGGCCGAGAGCAAACUCUCCCAGAUGAAGAAGCGGCCUGCUUCUGCAGUGGGAUACAAGAGACCAAUCACUCAGUACGCCAGGGUUGCCAUAGCGAUGGGGGCUCAUUCCAGAUACAGGGCCGAGAAUAUCAUGUUUCUAGAACUGGACGUGACUCCGCCCACCACUGUCUCAUUGGACCGCUCGCCGGAGGCGGAGCUCAACCAUACUGUCUCGGCAGGCAACUCUCCGACCAAGGACAAAGCUAGCCGUGUCCGAAAGUCUCGCUCCUGGUGCCAGACCCCCAAGAGCCUCACAUCCUCCUCUUCCAAUGUUUCCUUGGCAACGUACAACACUGCCACACCCACUGCCGCACAGUAAACAAAUGUGGAGCGAUGGCUAGGGACUAUACUAUGUGUAUAUAACUAUAUAUAUAUAUAUGUUCAUUUGGAAAGAUUUUUUUGAAAGCUAUUUAUGUUUCUCGGUCUCUGGACAUUUUUCCCAAGACCUUCCCAGUUAUGGGAAGUACCGAUGGGACGCAACUAUCAUAACUGUUUUGGCUGGGACUGAACAAGGACGAUGUAUUUAUUAAAGGACAGGGGAAUUCACUCAUCAAAAACCUCAUGAACGCCGCUGAAAAAUAACGGAUCCUGAUUGGCCAGCCUGAUUUUUUGGAUGCAAAGACUCUAUUACCCAUACUGCCUUGAGGCACACAGCUAGAUGUCCUCACUUCCCCUUUGUUGUCUCAUGAUGCUCCUCAUCUGCAUGCAUGAGUAGGGCAGCCUUGACACCCCCUCCACAACUCAAGACAUCUGGACACAUCUGUACAGUCGGACCAAACCACGCUACUGAAGUUCACACACACUACUGCUGUUUGUGUUAAUGUUUGUGUGUGUGCGUGCGUGUGUGUUUGUAUGUGUCCCUCUGUCUACAUAUGUUUUCAAUGUGUGUCUGUGUGAAAGACUUCUGAUUGUGAAAUGUGGUGCCCUUUAAGACAAACAACCAGGUACAUGUUAACUGCUUCGAUCUUCCGUAUGAUAUCUCUGUACAGACGUCCCGGGUUGCUAUUUUUUAUCCCGGGACUUUGGGCUGGGGGGAGGGGUACUAAAUGGACUGCGAUUCUUUUAAUUGAUCCUCUUAUUAGCUUGAAGCAUGAAGCGAUUCUAAAACGUGUCACCUCAUGAUAAAAUUCACUAGCAAGUCUAAGCGGGGUGAAGAAGACGUGGUACCAGAAGCAGGGUGUAUCACAGUUGUUUUGAAGUCUAAGGAACGUGCAAUCUUUUUCUUAUUUUAUUCUUACUUCCAACUAUAGGGCAGAGACAUUUUUCAUGUUUUCAACUUUUCUGCGUCAAUCAUUUGUGUCAUGUCAUUUAAUAUAAAUGCCUUAAAAAUAUGAUAUACAUAUAUAUAUAUAUAUACUAUGAAUAUAUAUAAAUAAUUAUGGCAUAGUAUGGCCAUGUCCAAUUGCCUUGCCACAUUUACGAUCACCACGAAUCCAGUGAUUGAUUAGCUACACAGUAAACUGUGUCAUUCUGAUCCGUGAAAGUGCAAGUGGAGCGGACAGGCACUUGGUUAGGCUGUGGUGUGCUGUCCAGGGUUGUAGGGUUUAAUGUCCUGUAAAUAGGUUCUUUAAUGGCCAGAGGUUAAGAGAAACAGUCAGAGGGGAUGUGGGCAGGCUGACUAAUCUAUCCCUGUAUUAUUGAUGCCCGAGCUCCGGUUUCAGCUGGUGUGCCGCCAGACACAGGAGCGAGCACAGAGCAGCUCAGGUCUGGAGACUGAGCCAGUUGGCAUGGAGAUUACUAUCGGGAGGCAUUCUUAUAUUUUAGUUUGAUGUGGUCUAAGCUUGUGUCUUGUUUAUUUUUUCGUCACCAUUGUGUCCCACAAUUGACCUUAUCUCUGAAAAGUUGUCUAUCUUGUUGUUUUUUGUAUGAGCAGUAGGUCAAUGUCUGAAGGAGAUGGGUUUCGUUUUAAACACAGAAAGCUGAUUUAUAUGCACAGUACGUACAGUACGUUAGCUGCCUUUGUCACUCACUCUGUUGACCGUAGCUCCAUGGGACUUUAAAGGUUCUGACAACAACUUCAAUCGCAGGUCAACACUGAAAUAACAACUUACAGCAAAUUGAAUGAGGAAAAGACGCACAAACAAUGUGUGAGUGCUGAUCGUUGAACAACCGAGUAGACAUCACUGAAGAGAUCUUGCUCCUGCUUUAACUCUGAGUGUGGAAACCCUUGCCUCUCCCUCGUAGAGACAUGUUAUCAAGAAUGUUGUAUAUAUUAUAAAUGGUCCCAGUGUACAGCCUUAAUGGGAUUAAAAUGGUGCAACUAUCUACUGUAAACUGGAAUUGUUUUUGUCAGUGCAAUCCACUGAAAAAGACAAGGGGGAGAUUUAAGGAGUUUAUUGUAAAAGGUGAGUGGGUUGAGUGUGUUGAGAACACCUUUCUUGGUUCUCCACAUCUCAUACUCAGCCACCCAGCCGCCCUCUGGCAAAUGAUCAAAACGUUCAGGUAUUAAAUAUGGUCCAGUCCAAGGACAGACAGACACAGACAGACAGGGCUCAGCUCCUAGGUGUCAGCUUAUUUCCAUGUUCAUGUUAUUGAUGGGAUUUAUCUUAGUCCAUUCUCUUAUGUGUUGCUUCAAGCAGAACUACUGCAAGCUUGUUUGACAGGGAGUGAAUACUGAUAGCAAAGCCAUUCAUUCCACUGUGAGAGAAGAAAAUGUAGUUUACUCUUUUACUCUCUUUAUAAUAUGAUACAUGUAUAUUAACCCUCAUAGUCUAAGAAUCAACCAUCUACAGAGAAACAUGACUCGAUCACGAUAGCUGUAAAAUAGUGUAGAGGUAUGAAUA